AUGUCUAGAAGACUUCCAGUUUCUGUGUAUAAAAGGAUUAAUACACAGUCCUUUAAAAGCAAUCCAUAUAUCUUCAAUAAAAAUUUAAAUGAUAAGUAUAAAUUUGAAAAUGAUAUAGAAAAUCGUACAAUAUCGCAAAAUUCAACAAAUAUAACAACACAUCCCUCAGUUAAACUUCAUCCAGCCUUAAAGUAUUCACUUGUAGCAAAUAACCUUUUAACUAAGUUAAAUGAGAUUCAAGAAUCUUCAUAUCUUUCAAUUGUAAGUGGAAAGGAUGUUACAAUACACUCUCCAACAGGCACUGGAAAGACUAUCGCAUAUUUACUUCCAAUUUUAAAUAAUGUGUACCAUAUUCACGACAUGCUUGAACGGUUAAUGUUUAAAGACGAUCCUUCAGUUUCUAAAUAUGACGAAGAAAUACGGAAUUUAUCAAUGGCUUGGAAUUAUAAACUUGGCCAUUCUCUACUUCCUUCUAAUAUAGUCAACUACCGACAAGAUAUUGAUGGACUUAAAUCAGUAGGUAACAAAAUGUAUGAAAAAUAUAAAGAUGGCACUACACUUGACAAGUUACUGGAUGUUUUAUAUCUACAUGAGCCUAGGACUAUGAAGAUGUUAGGCCUUCCAACAGUUCCGAUGAAGAUUUGGAGAAAGAGGUCAAAGAACUCCAUCUAUAGAAGUAUAAUGGCAAACCCAUUAGGAUCAGUUCGCUGUGUAGUGAUUCUGGUUCCAAAUAAGGACUUAGUAUCACAGGUGAUAUCCUACAUUAACAAGAUCGACAUUCUUGGUAGGGUUUCAGUACAGACUCUAUCAAGUAUAUGUUUAUCUCCAGAAUCUACCACUCCAGAAACAAGUGCAACAACUGAAAAAACACAGAAAGUUGAAAAAUCUGUUUCAGAACGGGAUACUGUAAGCGUUGGAACUGAGGAUGCCGAAAACAAUUCUGAUAAGGAUACCAUUAACUUAUUUUACGAGGACCAAUUAAAAAUGAUAGAGAAUGUUCCAGUUAAACAAGUGGAAGAAAUAGAGGUUGAAACAAUGUCGAUCAAUAUGCCUAACAGAGUUAACAAGAUAAUGACUAGAACUGCUAGAAAUGACUAUUCAAUAGAUGGACUAAUUCCCGAUACAAUCAAUUAUAAGAAACAACCACUAAUAACUUCUGACAAUAUACAGUGGGGAUGUGUUGACAUAGUCGUUAGUACUGUACAGAAUUUCGUUUUCGAGGUUUUAAAUUUUACAAGAAGGGGGAUUUAUCCGAUUUGUCUAGUUUUCGACGAGGUGGAUAUGCUCUUCGAGAAUAACGCAUCCAGGAGUAGUAUUUUCGAAAUCAUUUCAAAGCUUCGCCCAAGACCACGAACAUAUAAUCCCCUAGUGGAUGUAGAAAAAAGAACUCCAAAGGCUCCACCACCAGUGCAGAUAAUAAAUGUGGGCUCUACUAUAAAUUUUGGUGGUCUCCAAACCUGCGGAAGUAUGAUUUUUGAGAGGUUUAAUACUAGCAGGCUGGUCUUUUCUGAGCAAAACCAUGUGAUCAGCUCCGAAUUGAAUUUUGAGAAAACUGAUUCUAACCAAAAACUAGACUGCUUAGUAAAGCUUAUCGUGGAUAAUCCAGUUAAAAAAACACUGGUAUACUGUAAUUCUCUGAAGAACUGUAAAUUAAUAUAUGACACGCUUAGAAAACAUGAUUGGCCAGUUUUGUCGUUUCAUAGAAAAUCAGCUCUAGCCACAAGACUUGCAAUCCUUAAAACAUUUGAAGAGGACGAGCCUAGAAUUCUGGUCGCUACAGACCUUGUUACCAGGGGAAUCAACGUAUCUGGAGAUCACAUAAUAAAUUAUGACUUUCCAACCUCUUCAACAACAUUCUUCCACAGAAUCAAAAAUCCGAAGGCCAAAGUUACUAGUAUAUUGACUGAGGAUUCUGAACUUUCCGACCAGAUUAUUCAUUUUACUAAAGUUAAGAAACCGAUAAACCAGAUCCUUUCUAGGAAAAGGUCACUUAGGAAGAGCCUAGACAGAAUAAAGUUUGAAAAGAUGUCUAGUAGUGUAAAGAAUAGUAGGAAAAUGAGUGAUAGAUUGAGUGAUAAAGCCGCUGAUAGAGGAUUUUUCAAUUCAAGGUUAGUAAUUGAGAAGGAAGUUCCAGGCGAUACGAAGUAUAGAAGAAUUCCCCUUAAAAAGAGACUAAUAAGUAUCUUAAACAACUUUAACUAAUGUUUUACUUCUUCGCUUUUGGUCUUCCAUGUUUAGUU